GCGGAGCCCCGGCGGACACACAGGACCAGCUCCCCCCGCUGCAUGCGCUCCCAGCCCGGCUCCAUGCGGCGCCCCGACCCGGCGGAGCUGUAGCCCAGAUUGGAGAGAGGACGCAGCGACUGACCGCCAUGGCAGCGUCGGAGCUGUACACAAAGUGUGCUCGGGUGUGGAUCCCCGAUGCAGAGGAGGUGUGGAAGUCUGCCGAGCUGACAAAGGACUACAAAGGUGGCGAUGCCUCCCUGCAGCUGAUGCUGGAAGAUGGAAAGAGCAUUGAGCACAAAUUGGAUCCCAAGACAAAGAAUUUGCCAUAUCUGCGAAACCCCGACAUCCUGGUGGGCGAGAAUGACCUCACAGCGCUCAGCUACCUCCACGAGCCGGCCGUGCUGCACAACCUCAAAGUCCGCUUCAUGGACUCCAAGCUCAUCUACACCUACUGCGGAAUCGUUCUCGUGGCCAUCAACCCGUAUGAGACGCUGCCGAUCUACGGCACGGACAUCAUCAGCGCCUACAGCGGCCAGAACAUGGGAGACAUGGACCCACAUAUCUUCGCUGUGGCAGAAGAGGCAUAUAAACAGAUGGCCAGGGAUGAGAGGAACCAGUCGAUCAUCGUGAGCGGGGAGUCCGGAGCAGGAAAGACCGUGUCGGCCAAAUACGCCAUGAGAUACUUUGCAACGGUCAGCGGCUCGGCCAGCGAGGCCAACGUGGAGGAGAAGGUGUUGGCCUCCAACCCCAUCAUGGAGGCCAUUGGAAACGCGAAGACCACCAGGAACGACAACAGCAGCCGUUUUGGCAAAUACAUCGAGAUCGGCUUCGACGCCCGUUACCGCAUCAUCGGAGCCAACAUGAGAACAUAUCUGCUGGAGAAAUCACGAGUGGUUUUUCAAGCGGACGAGGAAAGGAAUUAUCAUAUCUUCUAUCAGCUCUGUGCAUCAGCCCAUCUACCCGAGUACAAGACGCUGAAGCUGGGUGGUGCAAACGACUUCCUGUACACCAGGCAGGGGCGCAGCCCUGUUAUCGAUGGCGUGGACGACAGCAAGGAGCUUUGCAACACUCGCAGUGCCUUCACAUUGCUAGGUAUUAAUGAGUCCUACCAGAUGGGGUUGUUUCAGGUGCUGGCUGCCAUUCUGCAUCUGGGAAACGUGGAGAUAAAAGAGAGAGACUCAGACAGCAGCAUUAUUCCUCCCAACAAUCAUCACCUGACGGCUUUCUGCGAGCUGGUGGGCGUCACCUACCAAGACAUGUCCCAGUGGCUGUGCCACAGGAAGCUGAAGACGGCCACCGAGACAUACGUCAAGACCCUCUCCCGUCUCCAGGCAACCAAUGCCCGCGAUGCCCUGUCCAAACACAUCUAUGCCAAACUCUUCAACUGGAUUGUAGAGCAUGUGAACAAAGCUUUGAUCACCAAUGUUAAGCAGCACUCCUUCAUCGGGGUCCUCGACAUCUACGGGUUUGAGACAUUUGAGAUCAACAGCUUUGAGCAGUUCUGUAUCAACUACGCUAAUGAGAAACUCCAGCAGCAGUUCAACAUGCAUGUGUUCAAGCUGGAGCAGGAGGAGUACAUGAGGGAGCAGAUCCCCUGGACUCUCAUCGACUUCUACGACAAUCAACCCUGCAUCAACCUCAUCGAAGCCAAGAUGGGCAUCCUGGACCUGCUGGACGAGGAGUGCAAGAUGCCUAAAGGUUCAGAUGAUUCAUGGGCUCAGAAACUGUACAACACCCACCUGAAGACCUGCACUCUGUUUGAGAAGCCGCGCAUGUCCAACCGCGCCUUCAUCAUCCAGCAUUUUGCUGAUAAGGUGGAAUACCAGUGUGACGGCUUCCUGGAGAAAAACAAGGACACGGUAAACGAAGAGCAGAUCAACGUCCUGAAGGCCAGCAAGUUCGACCUGUUGGUGGAGCUGUUUCGUGACGAGGAGAAAGCCACCAGCCCCACUGGGCAAGUCCAGGGAACGGGAGGCCGAACCCGCCUCAGCGUCAAGCCAGACAAGGGCCGGGACUCCAGCAGCAAGGAGCACAAGAAGACUGUCGGCUGUCAGUUUCGUAACUCACUGCAAAUGCUGAUGGAAACUUUAAAUGCUACCACUCCACACUACGUCCGCUGCAUCAAACCCAACGACUUCAAGCAGGCCUUCUCCUUUGAUCCCAAACGUGCGGUGCAGCAGCUCAGAGCCUGCGGCGUCCUGGAAACUAUUCGCAUCUCUGCUGCAGGAUUCCCAUCCAGAUGGACGUACCAGGAGUUCUUCAGUCGUUACAGAGUCCUCAUGAAGCAGAAGGAUGUUUUGCCCGACAAGAAGUUGACCUGCAAGAACGUUUUGGAGAAAUUAGUCCAGGAUCAGGACAAAUAUCAGUUUGGUAAGACGAAGAUCUUCUUCAGGGCCGGGCAGGUGGCUUACCUGGAGAAGCUGAGGGCAGAUAAGCUGCGUGCCGCCUGCAUCCGCAUCCAGAAAACCAUCCGCUGCUGGCUGGCGCGCAAGAAGUAUCUCCGCAAGCGCAGUGCCGCCAUCACCAUCCAGAGGUUCACCAGAGGAUACCAGGCCCGCUGCCUGGCCAAAUUCAUGCGUCGCACUCAGGCAGCCACCGUCAUCCAGAAGUACCAGAGGAUGUACGUGGAGAAGAAGCGCUACAGGCAGAAGCAGGCUGCUGCUCUGGCCAUGCAGACCAUCCUCAGAGCCUACAUGGCCCGGCAGAAGUAUCAGGGGCUGCUGCGCCAGAAAAAAGCCGUCAUCAUUCAGAAGCGCGUCCGGGGCUGGCUGGCUCGGUGCUGGUACAAGCGCUGCCUUCGGUCCAUUGUCUACUUGCAGUGCUGCAUCCGCAGGAUGAGAGCCAGGCGCGAGCUGAAGAAGCUGAAGAUCGAGGCUCGAUCGGUGGAGCACUUCAAGAAGCUCAACAAGGGCAUGGAGAACAAGAUCAUGCAGCUGCAGAGGAAGAUCGACGAGCAGAGCAAGGAAAACCGGCUGGUCAACGACAAACUGGUUGGCCUGGAGAGCUCCUACACGGUGGAGAGCGAGCGGAUGCGUGGCGAGCUGACCCGGCUGCGGGGGGUCGAGGAGGACAACAAGAACAAGGCCAACCAGGUGUCGUCCCUGCUGGAGGAGCUGGAGAAGCUGAGGAAGGAGCUGAGCAGCACGCAGCAGGAGAAGAAGACCAUCGAGGACUGGGCGCAGACUUACAAAAACGAAAUGGAGAAAAUGGUCUCCGAUCUGAGAGAUCAGAACGGUUUGCUGAAGACGGAGAAGGACGACUUGAACCGGUUGAUUCAGGAGCAGAGUCAGCAAAUGACAGAGAAAAUGACUCGUGCUAUAGCACAGGAGACUCAGCAGCUGGAGACAGACCUGAACGAGGAGCGUUCUCGCUACCAGAAUCUCCUGACAGAACACCUUCGCCUCGAGGAGAAGUACGACGACCUGAAGGAGGAGAUGGCUCUGUCCUCGCACGUCUCCAAGCCUGGCCACAGGAGAACAGACUCCACCCACAGCAGCAACGAAUCAGAGUACACCUACAACUCAGAGUACGCCGAAUUGGAAGAAGGUUCCCGCGCCGCCGAAGACGUGACUCGAGGAAUCGACACUUCGCUGACUCUCAAGCUGCAGAAGCGUCUCACAGAACUGGAACAAGAGAAGCAGUCGCUGCGCAACGAGCUGGAAAACAAAGAGGAGCAGUUCCAGCGGGCUAGAGCCAGGGACGAUGCAGAGUUUAAAAAGGCCCGUGGAGCUGAGCUGGAGUACGAGUCCCUCAAGCGCCAGGAGCUCGAGUCUGAGAACAAGAAGCUGAAGCAUGACCUUGCCGAGAUGCGGAAAAGCCUGCUGGGCGACGCAGCCACGGGCGCCGGCGCUCCGGGUUCACCCGCCUACAAGGUGCUCCUGGAGCAGCUCAACGCCUCCUGCGAGGAGCUGGAGGUCCGCAAGGAGGAGGUGCUGAUCCUGCGCUCGCAGCUCGUCAGCCAGAAGGAGGCCAUGCACCACAAGGAUGAGAAGGAAACGAUGACUGAGCCUUCAGUGUACGCUGACGACGUGUCCAAGCUGAAGGACGCCGAUGAACUCAAGCAAGCUUACGUCGGACUCAAAGACACAAACAGAUCUGCUGCUCCAGACUUCCAUAAGCUGAAUGAGGACGGAGAGCUGUGGCUGGUUAAUCAGGGCUUAAAGGAGACCGUCAGGUUAUUGGAGCACCAGCUGCAGACUCAGCGGAGAACUUAUGAUAAUGAGGUGGAGUCGCUGCGCGGCGAGCUGCAGACUGUCAAGGAGGAGAACAACCGUCAGCAGCAGCUCUUGGCUCAAAACCUCCAGCUGCCUCCAGAGGCCCGAAUCGAAGCCAGCCUGCAACAUGAGAUCACUCGGCUCACCAACGAGAACCUGGAUCUAAUGGAGCAGCUGGAGAAGCAGGAUCGGACCAUCCGCAAGCUCAAGAAGCAGCUCAAGGUUUACUCCAAGAGGAUUGGAGAGAUGGGAGCGGGUCAGGCCGAGGGCCAGACGUCUCCAGGACAGAUGGUGGACGAGCCCAUCCACCCCGUCAACAUCCCCCGCAGGGAGAAGGACUUCCAGGGCAUGCUGGAGUACAAGAAGGAGGAUGAGCUCAAACUAGUGAAGAAUCUCAUCCUGGAGCUGAAGCCUCGAGGCGUGGCGGUGAAUCUGAUCCCAGGUCUGCCGGCCUACAUCCUGUUCAUGUGUCUGAGACAUGCAGACUACGUCAACGACGACCAGAAGGUCCGAACUCUGCUCACCUCCACCAUCAACAGCAUCAAGAAAAUCCUGAAGAAACGAGGCGAUGACUUUGAGAUGGUGUCUUUCUGGCUGGCCAACACCUGCCGCUUCCUGCACUGUCUGAAGCAAUACAGUGGUGACGAGGCCUUCAUGAAGCACAACACCUCGAGGCAGAACGAGCACUGUCUGUCGAACUUCGACCUGGCCGAGUACCGGCAGGUCAUCAGCGAUCUCGCCAUCCAGAUCUACCAGCAGCUGAUCAAAUGCAUGGAGAACAUCCUCUGGCCCAUGAUAGUUUCCGGCAUGCUGGAGCAUGAGACCAUCCAGGGCGUGUCGGGCGUGAAGCCCACCGGUCUCCGCAAGCGGACCUCCAGCAUCGCUGACGAGGGCACGUACACCCUGGACUCCAUCAUCCGGCAGCUCAACGCCUUCCACUCCACCAUGUGCCAGCACGGCACCGACCCCGAGCUCAUCAAGCAGGUGGUGAAGCAGCAGUUCUACAUCGUCGGCGCCGUCACCCUCAACAACCUGCUGCUGCGCAAGGACAUGUGCUCCUGGAGCAAAGGCAUGCAGAUCAGGUACAAUGUGAGCCAGCUGGAGGAGUGGCUCAGAGACAAAGGUCUGAUGAACUGCGGCGCCAAAGAGACUCUGGAGCCUCUGAUCCAAGCCGCUCAGCUGCUGCAGGUGAAGAAAAAGACCGACGAGGACGCCGAGGCCAUCUGCUCCAUGUGCCUGGCCCUCACCACUGCUCAGAUUGUUAAAGUCCUGAACCUCUACACUCCGGUCAACGAGUUUGAAGAGAGGGUGUCUGUUGCUUUCAUACGAACCAUACAGACUCGUUUGCGGGACCGCUGUGAAAGCCCUCAGUUACUGAUGGACGCAAAGAUGAUCUACCCGGUCACUUUCCCGUUCAACCCUUCCUCGCUGGCUCUGGAAACCAUCCAGAUCCCCGGCUCUCUUAACCUGGGCUUCCUCACCCGCGUCUAAACCCAGCUGGCCGGACCGCCACGGCUUUUUGUCGAAGGGGCCUCAGUUGGAUUUGACCCCGACCGGCCCCAACCAGGGAAAAAGAAAACCAUUUUUCCACGCGCCUCAAUCACUCCAAAAUUAGAUUUGUAUUGAAACUAUUUCAAAUAUCUUGUCCAAUAAAAUCAGUGAAAUGUGUGGCCGCUGCUCCUAAACCUUCCCGCUCCGAUCCUGGCCCCGCCCACCUGAAACCGUCACUUCAUCUGCACAUCUGUACAGUGCUCCUGCCUCCACGCUCUCCUGCACCCUGCUCUGUACCUGUAAAUUCCUGCUGCUUGUAUAAACGCCCGCCUCAUAGAGAAGCCGCGGGACCAGAUCGAUGCCCUCUGCCCGGCCCGGCCCGGCCCCGCCCCGCCCCAGAUCCUUCAUAGUGUCUCCACUUCCGGUCGAGUUAGUUGUGAUCGUCGUCGUCCCGUUCUCCAGUGAGAAUGUACGCACCGAACCCGGGAGGGAGCACUGCGGCCUCACUACCAGGAUUCAUUCGGUGAACGGUUCACCUUCAUGCGAGUUUCGAAGACGGCUGAGCGAUGAUGUGCUGAAGUUAACUCUCUCUCUGUUUCCACCGCAUGUGGAGGGAACCUCUGAGCAGGCUUCGUCCUCUGGGUUCUCAUUUUACUCUCCUCACCAUCAAGCCAAGUCACAGCUCAUCUUCUGUACUAUAUUAUUUAUACAUAUAUAAAUAUGAAUAAUAUACCCUGUAUUUUAUUUAUUGCACUCACCUGCGUCCCAUUUUAAGACGAGAAGCUUUCCGGACGCAGUAAAUGAGUCUGAAGUGAAGGACGGGGUCAUUUCCUGAGAGGAACAGCAGCUUCGUGAAGAGCUUUUACGUUUUAGUUGCACCGUAGGCUUCUUAUGUCGGUAUGAGAUAAAUUAGGUAGUAUAGUUCAAACGAGUGCCAGAACAGAUGAGUAUUAGUUAGAUUUUAAACUUAGAGAUAUCCCUUUUCUCCUGGUUUUUUUUUCCUGCGGAUUCAGGAGGUGAAAAGACUCGUUUACAGCUGUGACUCACAAGAGUUGCAUUGAAAUGUUCACUUCAACACAGACGCACAACACCGCACUCUGCUUACUACUUUUUUUUUUUUAUCUUAUUCUUGUCAGAUUAUGUUACUUAUUUUUGUGUUUUUAUUUAUUGCAUUGUUGUGAUUUUCUUGAAGCUCCCCUCUAAAGUUUGUUUGAUCCACUGCUGGCAGAGCGCCGCUCUGCAGAGUGAUCUGUGUGCAAAUUUUAAACCCUGAAAGAUGUUUUCCCGUGGAAGAAACUGCUCUAUUAAAAAAUGAAAAGCCUGUUAGCGUGCGUCGUUACUGCACAGCUAUUUGCAUAUAAACUCUGGUUCCGUGAGAUUUUAACAACUAUUACAUGGUCAAACCGAGACAUCUGCCAAUCUCUGCAGUCCAUUUGUGAACGCUUGGAUGUAAUUCGAGCAUUGAGAAAUGAAUUUUGCAGGAAAAUUGUCCAUUUGGAGGGGCUCUUUAAGAAUAUGAGAAUCAUAAAACCACAUGUCACUGAGCAGAAUGGACAAAAAAAGCUUUAGGUUUGCUUUGCAGCUUUGGCUUUACUGUUUCUCCCCGGUUGCAGCUUUGUGUGCCGUUUCCUCCCGCACCUCUUCCACCCUUUGCCUUCCUGCUAAGUGGCCGAGAUAGCCUCAUGUGGGCUUUUAUCGCCCCGCAAAGAUCCCAACAGAUCAUGUUGAACUUCACGCCUUUUUCUGCUCCUGAAUUGCACUGAUAAGGUUAAGUAGAGUGUCAAACGUUUCUGGUAUUUUCUUUAAAGAUGGCUCCAUCUCCAGCGUUGUGUAAACCAAACCGUGCGUGUUGAUGCUGCUGCCCUGAACGGACAUCAGCAGCAGGUUUCUGCUUUAUUUGUUUUUAAUGAAGACACUCUUGUUGCGGUUGAGAGCUGCUGAGUGUGUUCGGGUCACUUCCUUUUGAGCCACUCGUGUCACCAGAACAACCACGUUUGCCUUUUGUCCUCACCUGAACCUUCCUUUACCCCAGUGACCUUACCCUUUCUGAUGUUGUUUCUUUAAAUGCGCCAUAAUUUGACAACAAAUUGAACUUUUUUUUAUUAUUUUAGUGUUGUAAUGAUCAGACUUGAAGUGGUUCCAGUGACUAAAGAGCAUAGUUUCUGAGUAAAUUGUGUGCAAGUAAAGAGAAGCUAUGUGAAUUAUGUGAAGCUGUUUAGUGUUACACUCGUGUUUAAAGAGGAUUUAACAUCCGUCUCCGCUCAUCGGGACCACGUUUGAUCAAUCGGCCUUUUUGUUGCUUCAUUUUAUUUGUAGCGAACAGAAAUGAUCGAGACGUCGUCCCGAGAAAGACUGAAGGAGUUCAUCAACCUCAUGAAUGUCUCAAAAUGUUCAGCGUGUAUCAUAUCAUGACUUUAGCAGCACAUUGUAGACAAAAAGCCUUAUCUGACUGACUCGCUCUCUGAAUGACACACACACACACACACACACACACACACACACGGUGGCCAUUGUUUAGUUCUGUCAGUGCAGUAUUUUGUUCCCAGUGUGAAAUAAAUAUAAAAGCUUUUAAAUGUGAUCAUUUUUAUUUUGAUGAGGUGUUUGUUUGUUGUGCCGUUUGUUUAUCCAGCAGCCAGAAUGCACUUUUUGUUGGUAAAGGAAGAUUAGUAAACAACAGAUUUGAACAGACUAUCCCAAACACACACCUGUUAGACUUCCUCUCACACAUUCCCGGUCUAACUGGACUCCACCACUCGUUUGCUGCGUUGUUUUUAAUAACUCGAUGGAAAGGCCAGAGGUGGGCAGACAGCUGCAGCUGGGAUUUACCUGGUGGACGGAGGAGAGCUUGAUUUGUUUGAAGCGCAGACGUAUGGACUGACUGGUUUGUUUGUGUUGAGCGGAGCUGCUGCGGCCUCUUGUUCCCUCCCGGGCUUCUCUUUGGGCUCUCAAACACAAUCAUCCCUUCACUCUGCUUUUUUUUUUUUUUUUUUAAUUCUAUUUUAUUAUUUCUUUUUGUUUUUUGUUUUUUUUUUUUUUACAUUAAGGAGAGAGUUGGUUGUACGAUAUGAAGUAGACAUCACAGACGACCAUCAGCACUAGCAUUAAUCGUGCCGUUUCAGAGGAUAUUUCGUCCCCCCGGCCGCUGAGGCACUGGCGUGAAUACGAAGGAGCCGGUGCCGAGCGCCUCAUCUUUGAAAACCAUGUGUACAUUUGACAAAACUGGACUGUUUGUAGUUUCUGGUAGCUGUGCUUAUAGUGAAUGUGUUCACCGUUAAGAAACUUGGAAUAAAUUGUCAAAUCUGUAAAAGUAAAAA